ACGUCCCUCCUCCAGUAUUGUCAAACCCCAGACACAGACACAAUGAGCGGCUAAAUACUUCCUCAAACACGCCGCGCCGUUCAUUCUGCUCUCCACUCGCACAGCAACAGUGAGAACACGACGAAUUACUGAAACCUCUCGGACUUUAAAGUUGCAGAGUGAUCUUUCACCAUGGCUCCGUUCCUGCGGAUUGCCUUCAAUGAGUUUCAACUGGGAGACCUUCCCCCUAUGACAGAGCAACCGUUCUGUGCCAUCAAGAUGAAGGAAUCACUCAGCACAGAGCGGGGGAAGACACUGGUCCAGAGGAAGCCCACUAUGUACCCUGCAUGGAAAUCCCCAUUUGACGCACACAUCUAUGAGGGCCGUGUCAUACAGGUGGUCCUGAUGAAAACGGCAGAGGAGGCUUUGUCAGAGGCCACAGUUGGCGUCUCUGUCAUUGCAGAGCGCUGCAAAAUAGGAAACGGUCGUGCCGAGUUUUGGGUCGACCUGCAGCCUUCUGGGAAGGUGAUGAUGUCUGUCCAGUUCUUCGUAGAGGAUACAGACCUAGAUUCAAAGUCCUCAGUGACUGGGAAAGAGGACGACGGCGUCCUCACAAUAAACAGAAGGAGAGGAGCCAUCAAACAGGCCAAAGUUCACUUUAUCAAGAACCAUGAGUUCACAGCCACCUUCUUCAAACAGCCAACUUUCUGCUCGGUCUGCAGGGAGUUUGUGUGGGGUCUCAACAAGCAGGGCUACAAAUGUAGGCAAUGCAAUGCAGCCAUUCACAAGAAGUGCAUUGAUAAGAUAAUUGGGAGAUGCACAGGAACAGCAACCAACAGUCGAGAUACAGUGUUUCAGAAGGAGCGCUUCAAGAUUGACAUGCCACAUCGCUUCAAGACCAAUAACUACAUGAGCCCGACCUUCUGUGACCACUGUGGGAGUCUGCUGUGGGGAAUGGUCAAACAAGGCCUCAAGUGUGAAGAAUGUUGUAUGAACGUUCAUCAUAAAUGCCAGACCAAAGUUGCCAACCUCUGUGGAAUCAACCAGAAGCUCCUGGCCGAGGCUUUGACUCAAGUUAGCCUGAAAUCUUCCACAAAGCGUCCAGAUCCCCCUCUCUCGGAAAUUGGAAUCUAUCAAGCCGUAGAUAAAAACAUGCCAGUGGACCCUAGUGCGGAGGGCUCUCAGUAUGGAAAACUGUGGGACAGUAGGACCCCUGCCUCUCCCGGGACCACCAUCACGUCCCGCGUCUCCAUGAGCAACUUUGUGUUCCACAAGGUACUAGGCAAAGGCAGCUUUGGAAAGGUGAUGCUCGCUGAGCUCAAAGGAAGGGGAGAAUAUUUUGCUAUAAAGGCCCUGAAGAAGGAUGUGGUGCUUAUGGACGAUGACGUGGAGUGCACAAUGGUGGAAAAAAGAGUGUUAGCAUUAGCCUGGGAAAACCCUUUCCUCACACACCUCUACUGCACCUUUCAGUCGAAGGAGCACUUAUUCUUUGUGAUGGAGUAUCUGAAUGGAGGAGAUCUGAUGUUCCACAUUCAGGAUAAGGGCCGUUUUGAUUUGUACAGAGCCACGUUUUAUGCUGCUGAAAUCAUCUGUGGACUACAGUACCUCCAUUCUAAAGGAAUUAUAUACAGAGAUUUAAAGCUGGACAAUGUGAUGCUGGACAGUUAUGGACAUAUUAAGAUUGCAGACUUUGGGAUGUGCAAGGAGAACAUGCUUGGAGAAAACAGAGCAACCACGUUCUGUGGCACACCCGAUUAUAUAGCUCCUGAGAUCCUGCUGGGACAGAAAUACAGUUUCUCUGUGGACUGGUGGUCGUUCGGCGUGCUGCUCUUCGAGAUGCUGAUCGGCCAGUCGCCGUUCCAGGGCGAUGAUGAGGACGAGCUGUUCGAGUCGAUCCGCAUGGAUGUACCUCACUACCCACGGUGGAUUACCAAAGAGGCCAAAGACCUGCUGGAGAAAUUAUUUGAGCGAGAUCCAACUCGACGGCUUGGUGUUGUGGGAAAUAUCCGAGGACAUGCCUUCUUCAAGACAAUCAAUUGGCCUGCACUGGAGAAACGAGAGGUGUCACCCCCAUUCAAGCCAAAAGUGAAAUCCCCCAAUGACUGCAGCAACUUUGACCGGGAGUUCCUCAGUGAGAAGCCCCGUCUCUCUCAAAGUGACAAGAACCUGAUAGACUCUAUGGAUCAGUCUGCUUUUGCUGGUUUCUCUUUCAUUAACCCCAAAAUGGAGACCAUUAUGGAAAAAUAAAACAUUCCGACCUGGAUAAAUAAGACACUCUAAAGCUCCCUAACUCAAACCAGAAACAGUGUCCAGGAGCCAGGACUUCAACCAGUGUUACACUUGUUAUACUGUCUGGAUGGUCCAAUAGAUGAUGCUGUAUUUAUGUCUUCUUUAAUCAAAUGAUCAAAACUUCCAAUCAAAAAUUUAUUUGAUGAUGUACUAUAUUUGUAAUUGUAAUAUCCCUAACAUAUAUAUAUCCCAAAGGAAAUGGGACUGUAUAUUUUCGUCUGUUUAAUAUGCUGGGACUUUGCAAUCUGAUUGAAUAGUGGCCUUCUUAACACUCUUGAAUCCUUCUUGUUUGCCCUCAUACAAUGUUUCAUUGUUAAACAUAGAAUCUCAUACUAAGGUUUGAUGUGGGAUGAUUUGGUGUUUAUUUUAUUUUUUAUAUAGCUAUACUUUCUUGUUGAUCUGAAAUAAGUUUUACAUUCUAAUUUUGAUCUUUAAGAUGCUGAUUUUGCCAGCAUGAGCUGAGCAUGCACAAAAAUAGUAUUUUUUUCCCCCACUAUGGAUCUAUAAAUAAUGUAAGUCUUAUGUAGGUAAACCUAAAACCUCUGCAAUAUGAAAACCGAGAAAUAUCAAUGUCCUGCUAGACAUAUUGUUUAUACAUUGGGUUACUUUUAUGGUACUGUAAUAAGUAGUAUAUUGGUACAGCAUGUUGGUGGGUGGAGGAUAUACAUCUAAGCAUGUGAGAGUAUAAAUAUAUGAACUAUUAUUUAAUGUUGCUAUUUUAAUAAAAUAUGAUACUGUAUGUAAUAAUAUAUGUAUAUUGUUCUGAACUGUUGUUUUUACUGGAGGUAAUAAUGAGGCUUUUUGAUUUUUACACUGAAUUUACUCAGAACUCCACACCAUUAAAGGUUUCUUCAACUUA